AUGGCUUCAAAACCUCGUGCUAGACCGGCUCACGCCCCUGGACCGACCUAUUUAGCAUAUACCCCAAACGGCAGCAGGUUGAUCACAGUCGGACUGAACAAUGUUAUUCGCGUCUUCACUACUGGUUCCGAUGCAGAGCCAGUAAACAUCGAUGUCGUCCAGGAUUCUCAUACAGCAGUCGCUGCAACCAACGAAUUCUUCUUGACUGGUUCCGAGGAUGGCAGUGUAUGCAGAUACUCCUUAUCCACCCAUCUCCUUGAAGAGGUGCUCGUCCGAUGCACUUUACCGAUCCGGGAUAUCUCAAUAUCACCCGAUGGGUUGUGGGCUGCCGUAGCUUCGGAUGAGCUUGUUGUAAAGAUAGUCAACACCUAUGAUAUGACCCGGGUCACAUAUCUCAGAGAUCAAUCACGGCCUGUCAAGCACGUUUCAUGGGAUCACAGUGGAUCUACUUUGGCCGUUUCUUGCUCUGACGGCAUGGUCUAUGUCUAUUCCUUGAGCUCCGAAGAACCGAAACUGGUCAAGCGACUGGACGGCCUGAUCAAAAUCAUGGAGACUGAUUCUCAGGCAAGCUCAAAAGUCAUUUGGCAUCCCGAUGGAAGGGCAAUCGCUGCACCUACGCCUACCAAGACCAUCCAAGUAGUUUCGAGGAGCGACUGGUCUAACCAACGAACUUUCCAAGGAGACGGACGCGGUGACAUUACUGCUGCAUCUUGGUCGCCAAACGGAGCUUUACUCGCCACUGCCAGUGAAGAUCUCAGUAUCACUCUUUGGAACACGAAGACGCAGCAACCCGUCCUCAAAUUUGACAGCGACAGAGAACCUGUUCUGGCUCUUGCAUGGCACCCGACCGAAAAUCUUCUGUCAUACACCACCAACGAUGGAGAGCUGUAUAUGCAUACUGGAGUUGUGCCUCAGGGGUACGCAUCUUUACUGCAGAAGACUCUGGUACCUGCACCUUUCCUUAACGAACCUGCAGAAGGUGCUUCAAAGACUCUGGUGAACGGUGGCGCAAGACCUGGUGCUCAGCGCAGAGCUGGAACUCCCGACUCCCUCGACGACAUCCUGGGAGACGAUGGACUGUCAGAGAAUGGAGAUCCCUUCAUUGUGGACGACGACGGUGCAGGUUAUGUUGAGCAAGUCAAUGUUAAUGGUAAACGACCUGGAGCACAUGUCCAAUACCCUCCAUCAAAGCGACCUCAACAGUACGGAAGCGCCAGGUGGCAGCCUCGUCUCCACGAUCCCUUCCAACCGGGUAGUACCCCCUGGAGAGGCAAUCGUCGUUACCUCUGUCUGAACUUGACUGGCUUCAUCUGGACAGUUGACCAAGACACUCACCACACAGUCACGGUCGAAUUUUACGACCGCGCUGCUCAUCGCGACUUCCAUUUCACAGAUCCCUUCCUCUACGAUAAGGCUUGUUUGGGAGAGCACGGUGCGGCAUUUUCAUGCCCAUCUUCCGAUCAACACCCCAGUCUCGUCUACUUCCGCCCUCACGAAACAUGGACUUCGAGAACAGACUGGCGAACACAAUUGCCUGCAGGAGAGGAAGUCACAUCGCUGAGUCUUAGCACCAGUUUCGUGGUUGUCACAACAUCGAAGGGAUAUGUCAGAGUCUACACACUCUACGGCCUGCCUUUCAGAGUUUACAGACAGAAGAGCACUCCAGCCGUGGCAUGCGCAUCCUGGCGCGACUACGUUCUCACAAUCGGCAACGGGCCCAUCGGCGGCGACGGUACAGCCAAAUUGGUCUACACGAUCGAGAACGUGAAGCGCGACGAAGUCUGUCAAUCUGAAGACAUCAUCCCUCUCCCUGACCAAUCAGAACUGCAAUCGGUCUUUUGGUCAGAUAGAGGCGAUCCCUGCAUCUACGACUCAGAGGGUGUAUUGCUAGUAUGUCUUCACUGGCGAACACCCGGGCAAGCAAAAUGGGUGCCCCUCCUCGACACAAGUCAACUCGAUCGUCUGGCCUCUGGACGCAAAGAAGAAAUCCACUGGCCAGUCGCAGUAGCCAUGGACAAAUUCCACUGCAUCAUUCUCAAGGGUGGAGAAAAGUAUCCUUACUUCCCUCGCCCGCUGCUGUCGGACUUUGAAUUCAAGGUGCCAGUCACAGCUCGUGACGAAGAGAACCAAGAUGAAGCCGAAGAGAGCGAUGCGCAGAAGUUGGAGGAGCAAUAUGUGCGCAAUUCGGUGUUGUUGAGUCUGCAGGAUGAUUUGGUCAACAACACCAAUGCUACGCACGCACAAAAGACGGAAGCCGCACAGCGUGAGAAUGAAGUUGACAAGGUGCUGCUCCAAUUGCUGGCCGCUGAGUGCAGAGAGGGCGAAGAGAGAGGUAUGAAGGCUUUGGAGAUGGUCAGCUUGAUGAGAGACAGAUCAGGCAAGAUGCUCGAGGCGGCAGUCAGGAUCGCAGCAAGGUUCGAAAGAGAUGUACUGGGCGAGAAGAUUUCGGCGCUUGCGGAACGAAGAUUGGUUGGACUGGCUGAUGAAGAGGAGGAACUUUGA